GAGAGAGAGAGAGAGAGAGAGAGAGAGAGGCAGUGACAUCGGAAGGAGCGUAGGCGGCUGCGAGGAGGGAGACACGGGAGCCAGAGGAGCAGCGGCAGCGGCGGCGGCACGGGGGGCAACCAAGGGGUGGUCCGAGAAGCGGUUCGCAGCGGGGGGCCCUGUGCAGCCAAGCCAAGCCAAGCCAGCUCAGGGGGGUUAGCUGCCUCCGACCCUCCUCCUCCUCCUCUCCCCGCAGCCUCUUCUCGCUCUCGCUCGCUCUCUCUCUCACCCGCGGGACCUCCGCAGCGGGACGGUUGCAUUGUGGUGGCGGGGCCAAGCCAGGGGCUCGGGUCGGGGUGCCGCUGCCUGGCCGGUGAUCAUUCCAGGUAAUAAAGAUGGGUUACAGCAGUUGGUUGAACAACUUCAUCCAGACAGUAGUAAUGAAUGGAACAACAUCAGACUGCAAAGAGCAGAUGUGUCAGUUUCAUUCCUGCUGAGGCAGUCAGAACAGAUGAGUUUGUGGAUGCACUUAGAUGUUUGCAAUGAGCACUGUGGCUGGCAUGCCCCAGUGUUUUGGAUACCAAUGCAUAGAAAUCCAUAGUAAACGAAUUUAUCAGAAACGAACGUCAUGAGCAUAGUGGUCCCGUUGGGGGUUGACACAGCAGAACCAUCUUAUUUGGAAAUGGCUGCAGGCUCAGAACCUGAAUCUGUAGAAGCUAGCCCUGUGGUAGUUGAGAAGUCAAACAGUUAUCCACACCAACUAUAUAAUAACAGCUCUCAUCAUUCACACAGUUACAUUGGUUUGCCUUAUGCGGACCAUAAUUAUGGCGCUCGUCCUCCUCCAACACCCCCAGCAUCGCCGCCUCCUUCAGUUCUUAUAAGCAAGAAUGAAGUAGGCAUAUACACUGCUCCAAAUUUUGAUGAAACAUCCAGUGCUACUACUAUCAGCACAUCUGAGGAUGGAAGCUACGGCACUGAUAUAACUCGGUGCAUUUGUGGAUUCACCCAUGACGAUGGCUAUAUGAUCUGUUGUGACAAAUGCAGUGUUUGGCAGCACAUUGAUUGCAUGGGGAUUGAUAGGCAGCAUAUUCCUGACACAUACCUUUGUGAGCGUUGCCAGCCUAGGAGCUUAGAUAAGGAAAGAGCAGUGUUGCUCCAGCGUAGAAAAAGAGAAAAUAUGUCAGAUGGGGAUACCAGUGCAACAGAAAGUGGUGAUGAGGUUCCUGUAGAAUUAUAUACUGCUUUUCAACAUACACCAACUACAAUUACGCUAACUGCUACACGAGUUACAAAGGUCACAGAUAAGAAAAGGAAAAAAAGUGGAGAGAAAGAGCAAACCAUCACAAAAUGUAAAAAAGCUUUCCGUGAAGGUUCUAGAAAAUCUUCAAGAGUUAAGGGCUCGGCUCCAGAGAUUGAUCCUUCUGAUAUUUCAAACUUUGGGUGGGAAACUAAAAUCAAGGCUUGGAUGGAUCGGUACGAAGAAGCAGACAACAAUCAAUACAGUGAAGGUGUUCAGAGAGAGGCCCAGCGAAUAGUUUUGAGAUUAGGAAAUGGAGAUGAAAAAAAAGAGAUGGUCACCAGCAACUCAAUCUUCAAACCUCCAGUAGAGAGCUAUAUUCAAAAAAAUAAGAAAAUUUUAAAAGCUGCCAAAGACUUGCCUCCAGAUGCACUUAUUAUUGAAUAUCGUGGAAAAUUCAUGCUGAGGGAACAAUUUGAAGCUAAUGGAUAUUUCUUUAAGAGGCCAUACCCCUUUGUUCUGUUCUAUUCUAAAUUUCACGGGCUAGAAAUGUGUGUGGAUGCACGAACCUUUGGGAAUGAAGCUCGAUUUAUCAGACGUUCUUGUACACCUAAUGCUGAGGUUAGACAUGCCAUCGAAGAUGGAACUAUUCACCUCUAUAUCUACUCCACCCAGGACAUUCCAAAGGGAACAGAAAUAACGAUAGCCUUCGAUUUUGAUUAUGGAAAUUGCAAAUACAAAGUGGACUGUGCUUGCCUCAAAGAAAACCCAGAAUGCCCAGUGUUGAAGCGUCCCUCUGAGCCCACCGAAAAUAUAAACACAGGAUAUGAAACCAGAAGGAAAAAGGGGAAAAAGGAGAAGGAAACUCAAAACCAGAACAUCACGUUGGAUUGUGAAGUAGCAGCAGGCAAAACCAAGUUUCCAGAAAACCGACAGAGAAAACUUUCUCCCCUCCGAUUGUCGAUCUCAAAUAAUCAGUGCAAUCCUAUUCCUGUCUACUCAGAAGCAAGUCCUAAUGAUUUCAGUGGGACUUACUCCCAGGAGCCAGAUUUUAUUGAUGAUAUAGAAGAAAAAACUCCUAUUAGCAAUGAAGUAGAAAUGGAAUCAGAGGAGCAGAUUGCAGAAAGGAAAAGGAAGAUGACCAGAGAAGAACGGAAGAUGGAAGCCAUCCUUCAAGCUUUCGCCAGGUUAGAAAAAAGAGAAAAAAGAAGAGAACAAGCUUUGGAAAGAAUCAGUACAGCUAAAACCGAAAUAAAAUCAGAAUGCAGGGAUACCCAGAUCAUCAACGAAACGGAGUUUGUUCAGGAACCAGCAAAAGAGGAAACUGCCACCAAGCCAACACCUGCCAAAGUCAACAGGACAAAACAGAGAAAAAGCUUUUCCCGGAAUAGAACGCAUAUCGGGCAGCAGCGACGAAGGCACAGAACCGUUAGCAUGUGUUCGGAUAUCCAGCCAUCCUCUCCUGACGUGGAAGUGAUUUCACAGCACAACGAACCUGAAGCCACCGUGAUUUCUACCGAGCCUGAAGCAGAGACCCCCGUGGCUGAAAUAGUUCCUGAACCUGAAGCCCCAGCACUUAAUAAAUGCCCCACUAAAUACCCCAAAACAAAAAAGCACUUGGUGAGCGAGUGGUUAAGUGAGAAGAACGAGAAGCCGGGAAAGCCAGUGGAAAACAUCUCCGAAAAGCCUCUGCGCAUAACCACCGACCCAGAGGUCUUGGCGACCCAGCUGAAUUCUUUACCAGGCCUCACUUUCAGCCCGCAUGUAUAUACGACUCCGAAGCACUAUAUCCGUUUUACAUCGCCCUUCCUUUCUGAAAAACGGCGGAGAAAAGAACCGAUGGAAAGCAUUCUGGGUUCCUGUAAGAAGCGUUGGUUAAAGCAAGCGAUGGAAGAAGAAAACUCGGUUGUUGGGUUUUUCAUCUCCUCGCCCCACGAAAGAUCCAGAAGUCCUGCAGUCAACGGUGAAAGUAGAAGCCCCUUGUUACUGACCGACAGCUGUUGCUUGACAGAUCUGACAACGCCACUCAAAAAGCGAAGACAGUACCAGCUGCAGGACUCCACCUACUCAGAAACGUCGACGCCCACUCCUUCUCCAUAUGCCACGCCCACCCACCCUGAUCUCUCUGCCUCGGACCCCUUGUUGCUGGCCACGCCUCCCAGAAUAAAAACGGAAGAUGACACCUGUAGGAAUGGUUACAAACCUAUUUAUUCAUCUGUUACUUCGGUGAUUCCAUGUGUCCAUGGAAACCCAGUGCACUUUGAGAAUAUUUCUUCACCUGACAGUUCUCCAGAAGUGAAGAGGCGAACAUUUAACCAAGAGGGUUACGAACGUUCCUGCUCCUCCAUGCUAGCGCUCAAUCCGUUCAGAAAUGCCAGCCUUACGGAGAUAUGCCUGCAAGAGAUCAAAACGAUUGGCUACUCCAGUCCCAGGAGCAGGUCUGAUGGCCCCCGGCAGUGCUCGGGAGAAAAAGAGAGCCCCUCUGCCGAGCUCCAGCUGGGACUUGAAGUCAUCGAGCAAAGUGCACUGCAUAAAACGCUGGACGCUCCCUGCCACAACCGGACUGAUGCAAACAGCCAACUGGAAACGGCUCACUGCGGGCGGGGACCAGUGUAUCCAACCUGGAUCAACAGUCCCGACAGGACAGGUGUCAAUUUCUCCAUGAAUUCUAAUUUGAGAGACUUAACUCCUUCGCACCAGUUAGAAGUCGGUGGCGGGUUCCGAAUCAACGAGUCAAAGUGCCUGAUUCCAGACGAUGCUCGGGGCAUGUUUGUGGAAACGCCCGUGUUUUGUACUUCUGAAGAGGGACUCGCCACUAGUUUUGGAAGGACGGCCAACAGUGACAACAUGAUGGAUGGCAAUUGCACACCCCAGAAUCCUCCCCAAAAGAAAAAGGUGUCGCUUCUGGAAUACCGCAAGAGGCAGCGAGAAGCCCGAAAAAGCGGCUCUAAAGCAGAAAACUUUUCUCUCUUGAGCAUGUCGCCUCACGCGGCCGGGGGAGGAAACGGCAGCGCUGCUACCGAUGGCUACAACAGCGGCGAAAAUGGGGAGCAGCCGGAGCGGGAGCCCACUGCCAGCCUCCCCGUCUCUUUGCCAGCCACGGAGCACAGUGCCAUGUCAGAAGAGGCCGAAAACUCUGCUUCCGUAAAGGAGGCGUCAGGGGAAAAGAGCGAUCCGGAGGGCCAGUGAAACUGAUCCUGAAAAUCCAGAGCCAACAAGUGAAUGCCCAUCCCCAGAUACUCCUCUGAAGACCUGCAAGAGUCCUCUAAAACCAAGCAAGACUUCUUCUUCACCAAAUCCUGUCGUUCCUGUUCAGUCACUUGGAAAAACGCCCACGAAGCAGGAUUCCCAGUGGGAGAGUGCAGGAGACACUCCUGGGGCUGACAACACAACUCACCCCAAACCAGACCAGCAACAGAAACUGCUGUCCAACAACGCCGAAGCACUUUCGAAACCACCUCCCCCAUCCCAGCCCCUCCUGCGCAGCAGCACGGCUGACCCGCUCUCCCAGAAGCCGCCUCCGGCACCGCCGAAACCCCCUUGCCCCACUUCACCCCACGUAGAAAACCCUCCCAAGCCCUCCACCCCCCUCACUCCGGCUCAGCAUGGCUACCUGUCGCCAAAGCCUCCUUCCCAACCAUUAGGAUCACCAUACCGACCUCACCACCCGCCGUCUCCUCAGGUGGGGACGCCUCAGAGAGACUCUCACCGGGGGUUUUACGCCGCCACCCAAACUCUCCAGCCUAGCGCCCAGCAGCCGAACACCGGGACGUUAUUUCCCCCAACCUCUUCGGUCUCUUACAGUCAGUUUCAUCAACAGACUCUGAACGCUGCCGCCCCGCCUCCCCCUCCCCCUCCGCCACCUUCCUCCACUUAUUAUCAAAACCAGCAACCCCCCUCAGGAAACUUUCAAAAUUACAAUCCGAUCAAAAGCAUCCCGUCCCAACCAAACGUCUUUCCCUCCGGACCAAACCAAGCCCUCGCCGGCACCGCCUGUCAGCAGCCCGUUUCGGGCCACCUUGUCAACAGUGGGCACUUCCUGCCAUCUCCGACGGCCAGUAUUCAUCAUCAGAGCUCUGUGGUGGGGGCGCCCCCGCCUCCACCCCCUCCUGCCGCUCCCGGACCACACCUCGUGCAGCAGCAAAACCCGCAGCACGCCGUAGCCCACGGGGUGAGUCCCGUGCAUGCCGUGGCCGCCGGUUCCCACAUCCAUUCUCAAGCUGCCAGUCAACACCUGCCUCCACCACCGCCGCCUCCUCCGGCCCCCCUCCCUCAUCACCUCCCUGCUCAUCCCACCACAGCCCAUCAAGGUUUGCAAGCACAACACCAGCACGUAGUCAACUCGGCCCCGCCUCCGCCGCCCCCACCACCACCUUCCAAUGUAUUAAGCUCCAGUCAUCACACGGCACCGGCCCAAGGACUACAUCACCCAUCUCACCAAGGCCCCUCCCUUUUUCCUUCAAGCGCUCAUUCAACAGUGUCAACUUACCCAUCACAGCCGCCGCAUCAUCCCCCUUUGGGAACCGGACCUCAGCAUCAGCCAACUGGAACAGGGCCGCACUGUCCGCUCCCCGGCCAGGGUCCACACCUCCAGCCCCAAGGACCAACCAGUAUUGCCACCCCUACGGCGUCCGGGUUCUGCCCUCAUCCUGGCUCUGUGUCCCUUCCGCAUGGCGUACAAGGACCUCAGCAGGCAUCUCCGUUGCCCGGGCAAAUACCUAUUCACAGAGCACAGGUGCCGCCGACGUUUCAAAACAAUUAUCAUGGUUCCGGGUGGCAUUAAAAAUGGAGUCCCCCUCAACUCCCCCCCCCUUUCCCUUCCUCCUCGCUUCUAAACAUUUUAAAA